GAGAAAAGCCCCGGCCUUGCCCGGCCAAAGAUGCUCCGGCAUCUCCAGAGUCUGCGAACACCCCCAGAAACUCAGCAUCCAGCAUUUCAGCCCUGACGCCGGAGCGCACCGGUUUACAGGCGACCUCAGAGGCGCUGCUGUGACAGAACAGUUUGCAAUGGACACGUCUGCACCGGAACCGAGGACCACUGAGGUUUGUGAGGUGGAGGAGGCAGAAGAAGCUGUAAGCUUUAGGAGAAGUAGUAAAUCGUCCGUUUCCAUUUAAUUCCUGCCUUUACGCAGGGUGGAGAGGCAGCGCGAUCCGCCGCCUGACAGUAAUCCUCUGCCCGGGAGGAGCAGGGAAAGCCCUUUCAAGGCUGAGGCAGAGUGAGGGAGGGAGAGUUUUAAGUCGGACGGGGAACGAGAGAGUUGUCAUAUUCGGAGCUUUUGCCCUGCCACUCGAGGUUUAACGGGGCGACUCUCAUUCAAGCUUCUGGGAAUUAACUUCGCACCAUGAGCGGACCGACGGACGUUCAGUACCAGUCGAGCCUCUAUGGAGGAAACAGCAGCAGCAGCUCUCCCGUCUCCAGCCGUGGAAAUUCACCCAUCGUGUGUGAGCGCUGUGGGGAGGUUUGUCGUGGGGAGGUGGUGCGUGUGAAGAACACACACUUUCACGUUAACUGCUUCACUUGCAAAGUGUGCGGCUGUAACUUGGUGCAUGCGGGUUUCUUCCACCAUUCUGGUGAGUACAUCUGUACAAAGGACUACCAGCGGCUCUACGGGACCCAGUGUGACAGCUGUAACCAGUACAUCACCGGAGAGGUGGUGUCUGCCCUGGGGAGAACGUACCACCCAGACUGCUUUGUCUGCAGCAUCUGCAAAAGCCCAUUUCCAAUUGGAGACAGAGUGACCUUCUGUGGGAAAAAGUGUGUGUGUCAGCAGUGUUCACUUUCUCUGAACAGCGACAAGCCCGUCAAGGUCCACGGACCAAGCUACUGUGCCGGCUGUGGUGAGGAGAUCAAACAGGGUCAGUCUCUGCUGGCUUUGGAGAGACAGUGGCACGUCAGUUGUUUUAAAUGCCGAACAUGCGGCUGCGCCCUCACUGGAGAGUACAUCAGCAAAGAUGGGAUACCUUACUGUGAGACUGACUACCACAGUCAGUUUGGGAUCAGGUGUGAGAGCUGUAACAGGUACAUAAGUGGCAAAGUACUUGAGGCUGGAGGAAAACAUUACCACCCCAGCUGUGCGAGAUGUGCCCGCUGUCACAUGAUGUUCCUAGAAGGAGAAGAAAUGUACCUGACAGGUUCAGAGGUUUGGCACCCCAUGUGUAAAGAAGCAGCUCGGCUGGAGAGGAAACUGAGGCUGAGACGUACCUCCGAGACAGCAUCCAUUUCUCCUCCAGGCUCCUCUCCUCUCCUUGGCUCUCCUCACCGGCUCAUCUGUGCUAAGGGUGAUGGGGAUGUUUUGGAAUAUAAGCAGGUGGCAGCACUUCCCAGGGUUAAAGCCAUAUAUGACAUUCAGCGGCCCGACAUUAUUCCUUAUCAGGCCGACCAUGCACAGACGCACCUCUCAGAUGACACUUUGGAGAGAUGCAACCGUAGGCAGUCAUUGGGCUCCUUAUCACCAUACUCUCAUGAUCUCUUGGAUGGCAUGGAGUUAAGAACAAGACGUUCCUCCAGCUCCCCCUAUACCGACUCACCUGCACACAGUCGUCACGGAGGCUCCCCACUGCAUUAUUAUGUCCCUGGCAGUGAAAGUGGCAGGAGUUCUCCUUAUUAUAGUCAGCCAGAGCCCAGGUGUGCUACACCCACCAACACCUUCCAAGCCCCCAAGCAUUUCCAUGUGCCAGCUUCUGAAGAAACUAACAUCUAUAGAAAACCACCCAUCUACAAGAGACAAGAAAUAUCAGCCUCUCCAACAGCCAAUAAGAGUAGGACCAAUGACAAUCUCACCAAUUCAAAUCGCCUUUCCACCUCAAACUGUAACAGCAUUUAUCACCCGAACUCCAACUACUACCCAUAUACUGGCUCUCCAAAAGUCUCCAGGGUGAGGAGGUUUUCAUCUGGAGGAGAGGAGGAUGGACUGAAUCAUAAUAUAAACAGGGGAAUUGGCAGAUUGAUCCUGAAGGAGGAGAUGAAGGCACGAGCAGGUUGUCACGACAAUGACCAGUGGGGUAGCAGACACAGCUCCCGCUGUAGCAGCAAGGAGGCGCUGAGCAAUCUGGGAUACAGCUCCCUUAAUGGCUCUCCCAGGUCCCUCUGCAGCGCUGACAGCGACUCCUACAUUGCCAAAUCAGCCUCGUUGCCAGGCUACGGCAGAAAUGCACUGAACAGGCCUGGGAGUGUUGGUGGAGAUUAUUACCAGUAUGACAGCACUAAUGCAGUUAAUUGGCAGAUAAGAGAAUAUAAGAUCUACCCAUAUGAAGCCCUUGUGGUGUCAGUCAGAGGGCAGCAGCGCCUCCCCAGUGAUGUGGACCGAGCCAGACUAGAGCGUCAUCUCUCCCCAGAGGAGUUUUAUAGAGUCUUCAGCAUGUCCAUGUCUGCCUUUGACCGUCUUGCUCAGUGGAAACAAAAUGAACUGAAGAAACAGGUCAGACUCUUCUGAGAAAAGUCAACAGAUCCUUUCACUGAACCCAGCUUGAGUCCAUGGCUCAGCGGAAGAAGAACUGAACAAAAUAAGAAGGCAGAAGAGAGAUGUUCUUGGCUUGUUGUAGCUGCUGUGUGUUUGGACUUCUUAAGCAAUGUUUGUGAAGUCUGCCAAGCGGCCAAAAUUGAGGAAAAAUCCCCACCAAGAAGGGAAAACUGAGUGGUAGAAAACUAAAAGAGGAGCAGAGAGCUUCACUGGAGCUACAACGGGUUGCUUGUGCCUCUCCUACCAGCAGAUGGCAGUGUGUUUACACGAGCGUUACAGUUUUUGUCUGAACUACUGAUGUGCUUUUUAAGAAACUCCAGGUCUGCCAAAAAACGUGUAUUCUUAUGAAGUAUGUCAGCUGUUCUAGAAUCUAGUUUUGGGGGGUGAGAGUUGCUGCUAAGUCUGAUAAACUGGCAAGACAAGAAAAUGAGCACUGUGUGAUUCUCAGCAUUGGGGUUACUGAACAUGGUGUAUAAAUAAUGUGUUUUUAUAAUGUGCACAUCUUGAAAACCAAAGGUUUUCGUCUACAUUUUUCAAACAACAUGUUUGAUUUUUGAUGUCAGUAUUUCUGAAGCCAUAUUACACACUUCUUUUCUACAUGUGCAAGCAGACUGGACAGUCCAUUGACGUUUGCUUUGAAAUGACAUUUGACAUAAAUGAGCUGCGUCAUGGCUCAGAGCUGGGAGGUGUUAGUUUAGAAGUGGGGGUUUAGUACUAUACACUUUAAAAUAAGAUGUGUGCGUUUCACUUAUAUAUGGAAAUCCAAGCUUUUUGUUCAUAUUUGCAGUUAUUCUCAAGAAACAAGCCCGAAAUUCAGAUGCUGGACAACAGUUGAAACACUUUUUUUCUGACGUGUCGUGUAUGUGUGAGGGUGUGAGUGUAUGACUGACGAUGGUAAACAGUUAAUCAAGAAUUAUUUUUUUUAUUAAUAUUUAAAAGCCAUCUGAACAAAGUGAAGAACUCUGAAUAUAAGGAACGCCAAGAAAGGAAAUAUUGAAGGAAGAAAUAUGAAAAUAUGAAGUAAAGGUUUGUGUUUGUGAUUAACAGAUGCAAGAUGUAGUGACUCAGCUGAAAGUGGUCUAAUUAAAACAAAAAUCACUGGAUAGCUGUUGCAAAGAAUGACUCAAGUUUGUUUUAACUGGCUGUAAAGGGUGAAGUAAUGUCGUUGAACCAAGUGGAGGGUUUUUGUGUUUACAGGCUGCAGCAAUUAAUCACAUAUACAACGUUUGCCUUUUUGUUUAUUGGAGUUUUCAUUUACAGCCUAAUGUCUUUCACUGCUACUCUUAAAUAAAUGAUGCACUGAUUUAUUUAGUGUGCGGUAUUUUUUUUUCCAACCCUCGAAUGCAACUCAAUAGAAGUUAUGAUGUUAUCUGUUCUAUGGUUUGUAUUUUUAGACUUCACUGACACAAUCAUUAAUCAAGGGCUCAUCUUUAAAGUGCUUUCACCUGGACCUCUCUUAUCUCUCAGAGUGUUCAGUUUUACUGCAGAUCUGGGGGUACGGAGAGCUGCUUCCUUAUCUGGAAAAUAUAUGAAUUUUGAUAAACGCUUUAGGAAAGUGGAGGACUAUCAGUGAAUAUAUCUCUUGGCAGGUUUGUAUUUUUGUGCACAUAAUAAUAAUAAUUUAUAUGAGUUUACUAUAUGAACAUUUUUUUAAUUAAAGUAAUGUGCAUUUUAGAAAUAUAAUACAUAGUCUGAGAGGUUUAAAUACAAUUAUUUAUUUAACUGAGUGACAUUUAUUGCAGCUACACCACCUGAAUUAGCACCCAACCGUUGCAAUCUUUUUUAUUCAUAAACUUGUAUCAGCUGUUAUUUGGUAUCAUGAACAUAGACGUUUAUUUUUUUUUCUGGUUGUACUUUGGUUUUACCACCUGACAUGGAUGGUUUACCUGCUGAAUUUACCCAUUAGUAUCCAUAUUUAAGAGAACACAGCCAGCCAUGAAGACCUCACUGGGUUACUCUGUAUGAUGAAACAUUAUUUUCACUGUUAUUAUUAUUUUAUUUCAUAUUAAUAGUCUCAUAUUCAUGGUGGAGCCAUCGUGACAUAUGACAAAUUGCUGAACAAAAUUCUAGUAAUUAUCUCAACAGCUUCAAAACUAUCUGGAUUUGAUUUUUUUUUUCUUCAAAAAUACAGUUUUCACCAUUCUAAAGAACACCAACAUUAAUAUUUGACUUUUUGUGUGAGAGAGACUGAACUCCUUCAGCCACACUCUUCUUUAAUAAGUCAUCUUCAAGAAAUAGUUUCCAGGCUUCUUGAAAGACCUCCACUGUGUUUUUAGGCGGCUUUAGAAACUCACUGUUUUACCUCCCUCCUGAUCGCCUUUGUUCAUAUAUGAUUUAAACCAAAAAUGGAAUUUUCAGUCCAG